AUGUCAGCCGUAGACGAUAUCGAAAGCAAGGCGAAGGGGACUGACAUAAUGCAUAUUGAGGAUGCUGAGAAAGUAGAUCAACGCAUUGAAGUGUCGGCAUCGGAGCAGACGCGCGUUCUCCCUAUUGUCUGUACGCUCUAUGUACUGUCAUACUUGGAUCGCGGCAACAUUGGAAAUGCGAAGGCCGCAGGUGCAGACAAGGAUCUUGGGCUUGACAGCAAACAAUGGAGCUGGGUUCUCAACGCCUUCUACAUCAGCUAUGUGCUGAUGGAAUGGACAACGAUGCUGUGGAAGAUCCUACCCGCCCAUAUCUUUGUGGCGUGUAUGUGUACUUGCUGGGGAAUCGCGGCUAUGUGUACUGGCGCAACUCACAACAUGGCGGGUAUCGUUGCAUGCCGCUGCCUGCUCGGUAUUUUCGAGGCCGUCUUUGGUGCUGGCGCACCGUACUUCUUGACACUCUUCUACCAGCGUCGUGAACUCGGUUUCCGCAUGUCUCUCCUGCUUGGAAUGUCUCCACUAGCAAAUACGUUUGCCUCGUCCCUGGCCUAUGGAAUCACCCACAUCCGGAACUCCAUUGAGCCAUGGAGACUGUUGCUACUGAUAGAGGGCGCCCCAACCGUUCUCUUCGCCCCCAUCGUCUUCUUCUUCCUCCCAGACAGCCCCGGCACCGCGCGCUUCCUCACCCCCACCCAGCGCACCCAAGCCGUCGAGCGCCUGCAAACCGUCGACCGCACCGCCAAAACCGCAGUCAAGUGGUCGCAAAUCACGGCGGGGCUGACCGACUACCAGCCAUACGUCCACACGCUCAUCCACUUCUGCUGCAACUACUCGUUCGCGGCGCUGUCCAACUUCCUCCCCACCAUCGUCCGCGACAUGGGCUACAGCUCCGUCGACGCCCAGGGGCUCACCGCGCCCGCCUACUUCGUCGCCUUCCUGUGCUGCGUCGCCGCCGCCUACGCCUCCGACCGCUUCGGGCACCGCGGGUACAUCGUCGCCGGCGCGGCGGCCGUUGGUGCGGCUGGGUAUCUGAUUCUCGCGCUGGUGCGCGAUGAAGCGAAGACGGACGUGCGGUACGCGGGGAUAUGGCUGGCUGCGUGUGGCGUGUUUCCGGCGCUGUGCAUCAAUGUGACGUGGCUGCUGAACAACCAGGGCGGGGACUCGAAGCGCGGGGCCGGGUUAGCGCUGCUGACGACGUUGGGACAGUGCUCGAGUUUUUUGAGUAGUGUGGUGUUUCCGGAGAGUGACGGCCCGUUUUACGUCAAGGGCUGCGCGAUCGGGGCGGGGUUUACGGGGUUGAUUGUGGUGUUGGCGCUUGGUCUGCAUUUCAAGCUUGAGCAUGAGAAUCGGAGGAGGGAUCGGCUGUAUGGGCGGGUUGAGGCGGAUGCGAGGGUGGAUGUGACGGUGGGUGGGGAUAAGAGUCGGGGUUUUAGAUACCUGACCUGA